AUGACUUCAUCGUGGCUGACUGUCCAGAUUGCAUUGACGGCACUACUCCUGGCUCUCCUCUGCUCGUCCUACCUAGGUUGGGUCCGCAAAACAUACAAAGUCCAACUACCACCUGGGCCACCCGGAGAGCCUAUUAUAGGUCAUCUCCGCGUCAUUCCUGAAGCCCAUCCUGAGUAUCAGUACACUCAAUGGGGAUUAGAAUACGAUUCUGAUGUUCUAUAUUUCAAUGUUCUUGGCCGACACAUCGUGGUAUUGAACAGCGUUCAAGCCUGCCACGAUCUGUUAGUUAAGAAGGGUCAGAAGUACAGUGACAGGCCUCGUUUCGUUCUAUUUGAGGUAAUGGGAUGGGGUAUCACGCUGACGUUUCUUCGGUGGGGAAAACAAUUCAAAUUGCACCGGAAGCUCUUGCAGACUUCUUUCACUCAGACGGCAUGUAGAGCAUACAGACCAAUCCAAGAGCAAGAAGCUCGUCAGGCGACAAGUCAGAUCCUCGUCAAUCCUCGAGAAUGGGACAUUAUCCUUAGACAGUUCUCAACAGCCGUUGUCUUGCGUAUUGGAUUUGGCCUGGGCGUCACUCGCAGAGACGAUCCAUAUAUCAGAAUGGCGAUUGACGCGGAAGAGGCAACCGGCAAGGGUGGUGUACCUGGCGCAUCUAUUGUGGACUUUUUUCCACUCCUGAAACACGUGCCGAGCUGGCUUUUGAAGUUUGGCCCACUGGAGCACGCUCGAACCUCGAAACCGUACAUUCAGACUCUGCAUGAUGCUCCAUGGGAUGUGACAGAACCCGAAAUCCGCAGAGGCAAUGCCACAAUGCCAUCCUUUAUGCGUACACAUCUUGAGCGUUAUAUCAAAAAUGCUGAGUCGGGAACGCCGAACGAGGCAACCAUUGCCGAUUUGAAAGGUGCCGCCGGCGCGAUCUCGAUUGCUGGAGGAAAUACAACGUGGUCAACAAUCAUGGUCUGCAUUCUCAACCUGGUUCUUCACCAGGAACUACAGAAGAAAGCACGAGCCGAAAUCGACGCAGUCGUAGGAUUAGACCGCUUGCCUUCGUUCGAUGACCGAGACAAGCUGCCCUACAUUGAGCGUUUAAUUCAGGAGACAACCCGAUGGUGUCCAUUAUCUCCUGUUGGUGUUCCACAUGCAACUGUGGAAGAUGAUGUUUACAAAGGCAUGUUCAUCCCGAAAGGCAGUGUGGUGUUCGCCAAUGCGUAUGCCAUGACCCAUGACGAGCGAUACUACAAAGAUCCGGACACGUUCGAUCCAGACCGAUAUAUCUCAAAGGCAGAAGGUGGAAGAGGAGAGCCAUUGCCGGAAGGGCCAUUCGGGUUUGGCCGCAGGGUCUGUCCCGGACAGUGGCUAGCUACGGCUGGAGUCUACAUCAUGAUCACCACCUUACUUGCUACUAUGGAGCUCCGCUGCCCAUUGGACAAGGACGGCUGCGAGAUCACCCCUUCUGUGACGUUCACGAAUGGUUUGUCCAAUGCACCUGGGAAGUUCGAAACUGUGAUGAUCCCGCGAUCCGAGAAAGCGAAGGCACUACUUCAACAAUGCUCAAAUUAG